GUUCCCAGUCAAUUCAUUCGUCGCGAAGUCAUUGCAUGCGCGCGCGUUCACUCAGAAACAUGUACCGGUGAGACUGAAAGUAAAUAACUCGAACGAAUGUAAACAAACAAACAAACUGUGACAAAUAUUUUGCGAAUUUUCUGCGAUGGCGGACAGUUACAACAUGAAGGAAUUUAGCUCUACAGCAGUCAUCACUGAAAAUGGAAUUUUCCCCUCUUCAAUAUCAAUCAACACCAUUAAUACUAAAUGCAAAGAAAAUGAAGUUGAAAAUGCCUACGAACCUUUUCAUAACAGAAAACUGGAACAUCCUAAUUCGGACAUAAGAUCUUUUGCCAAUCUUUUAAAAUCCUCGCUCGGUUCGGGAAUCCUUGCAAUGCCGGCUGCAUUCAAAAAUGCAGGCACUAUAGUUGGUAUAUUCGGAACUAUAAUACUGGGAUAUAUAUGUACGCACUGUGUUUUUUUAUUGGUUAAAACCUCGCAAGAUGUGUGUAAAGAGACAAAAGUUCCAUCUCUCGGAUAUGCAGAAACAGUUGAAGCUGUGUUUGCGACCGGUCCUCAGCCGUUACGGAAAUUUUCAAAAGCUAUGAGGAUAUUUAUAGAUUGGGCGAUGGCCGUCACAAUUCUUGGCGCCUGUGCUGUAUAUGUCAUCCUGCUUGUGGAAUCCGUGCAGCAGAUCGUGGACUACUUUUAUGAAAAGAACAAUCUAACUAUAACUUUGUACUGCUUAAUGUUCCUGGUACCAAUACUAUUGUUCACACAGAUCAAGAACCUCAAAUACAUCGCUCCGUUUUCUGGUUUCGCCAACGUGUUAUUAGUACUGACUUUUAUGAUCUGCCUCUAUUACAUUUGCGCUGACUUCCCCAGUUUUGACUCACGACCAAUGUCGGUACCAGUUGGACGAUUACCGCUAUUUAUCGGUACAGUUAUAUUCGCAAUGGAAGGCAUUGGAGUAGUUCUGCCAGUAGAGAACACCAUGGCUAAACCUCAACACUUCCUCGGGUGUCCCGGCGUGUUGAAUAUUACGAUGACCAUUGUAGUCCUCCUCUACAUGAUUAUGGGGAUUUUGGGAUACUUGCGGUAUGGAGACGCUGCGGAAGGAAGCAUUACAUUAAAUCUGCCUACAGAAGAAAUACCCGCAUUAAUGGCAAAAGUUUUCAUCAUCUUGGCGAUCUUCUUCACUUACAUUCUACAAUUCUACGUGCCAAUGGAAAUCGUGUGGCGCAAUACGAAACAUCUCGUUGGACAAAAAUACCAUAAUGUAGCUCAAGGCGUCAUGAGAGCAUUCUUCGCCAUCGUUACUGUAAUCGCUGCCGCGUCUUUACCACGGCUGGAACAAGUGAUCGGACUCGAAGGUGCAUUCUUUUACUCUUUCCUGGGCCUCAUAGCUCCGUCGCUAAUGGAACUCAUCUUUUGCUGGGACCGAGGCCUGGGGAAAUUCAACUAUAUUCUAAUCAAAGAUGCUAUUCUCAUCGUCUUUGGUGGCUUCGUUCUAGUGACGGGCGUCAUGCAAAGUAUUAGAGAAAUUAUUAGAACUACUUAGAGUUGCGUUACUUGAGGUGAUAAUAGAAUAAUUGUAAUGUUUGAUACGCUUGUAAAUAUUUUAUAUAGAAGUAUUAUUUUAAUGAUAAUAAUGAAUAGAUAAGUACCUAUAUUUGAUGACAAACAUCUUUGCCGCAGUUGAGUUGUAUGUGUAAACAGGAGUUCAAUCUACAAGGGAUAAUUGACGACAGUAAAUAGCUAGUGUAUAAUGUACAAUUAUUGCUAUAAACGGACACUAAGUAGGGUAGAUCGGCAAUAGCAUUACCUACGCUAUUAGACUUUACAUUCUUAGAUACACUUUCGAUUCCACUCAAGACUGUAUUAGGAGUGGGUACGACCAGUGGAGUGCACUUCAUAGAUGCGAAAGUGCACUGCCUCCCUCAGGACUCAUUACGAAUCUAUAUUGGAGAUGGAAUUAGAUAAUAUGUGCAAUUUUCACGCAUAGCGCCUACCCUAGUUAAAAGUCUUGAGCUCGCCAUUGGGUACGACAACAGUCCGACGGGUGAGGAUCGAACUCAUGACCUCUAAUUACAACAACAAUAAUCAAUAAAAUAGUUUGGACCUAGUCCGAUGCACAUUUGUACACUAUUCUAAAUUUAACUAACUAUAAAAUUAGCAGAUACCAAAAUGUUGCAAAUUAUAAAAUGUUUUUAUUGUAGGUAAGUUUACGUAAAUAAAACAAUUCAAAACUAAA